AUGAGUCAACAGGGAAACGUCCGCAAGGGGUGGCGCGCGACGAAGCAGGUCCGCCCCCAAGGCAAGCCGUGGACCCCGUUCGAGGACAUCGUCUUGAUCGAGUGGUACCACGUGACCUCCGAGGACGGCGUCAGCGCCGACGAGGCAUUGGUCGCGGCCUGGUACGAGAAAAUCGCCGACACCUUCCACGAGAAAGUAGCGGAAAUGGCGCGCGAGGCCAACGAGCCGCCGCCUCCGAGGCGCUCGGUGGCGGAAAUUCGAGCGAAGAGUGUCGAGCUGGGCCUUGCAAACGACUUGAGUCAUCGCACGGACGCCGAGUGCUUCAAGCGUCUCGUGGAGCUCGGAGUCAUACCUCGGCACCGCUGCCCCUCCACGCGCGCCAAGCCGGCGGCUCGCAGCGGGACCGCUCGCAGGCGGUGA